AUGACACCAAGAAAACAAUAUUUAUACAAGGCAGUAGUGGACCUAAAAAGAACAUUAUCUAUUUCAAAUAAGCGACAUUUAACCACUAAACAAUUGUUGCGUCGUUCUGAAAAAUGUAUUAGAGAGCACAAUUUAUUGUUUAACAAUUUGAAUGACAGUACAAAAAUAUUUGUGCAAAGUCAAAUGAAAUCUCAAAGCUUAAAACCACGUGGAAGCAGAUUUUCCCUUGACGACAAAAGUUUUGCAUUGGCGGUGUAUAAAAAGAGUGCUAAAGCAUACAGGAUGAUGCCUUCAGUAUUUGCUUUACCCUCUAGAAAAUCUAUAAUGGAUUUACUUAGGAAAAUUCCUUUAGAACCUGGCAUAAAUUCCCAAAUUAUUGAACAUCUAAAACUUGUGGUUAGUGGGUUCAAAAAUGAAUUGGACAAAACUUGUGUGCUACUAUUCGACGAAAUUUCACUGGCUGCUGGUAUUCAUUAUUCUCAAUCUGAAGACAAAAUAAUAGGAAUCGAAGAUCUUGGAAGAAAUGUUCGUAGGACAAAGUUUGCUGAUAAAGCAUUAACAUUUAUUGUACGGGGUGUAAAACGCAAAUUUAAACAGCCUAUAGCAUAUUAUUUUGCAGCAAGCGGAAUCAAAACACCUGAUCGCGUUGUAGCACUCAAGGAAGUGAUAAGUGCUGUUCAAUCAACUGGUUUAAAUAUUGUUGGUACCAUCUGUGACCAGGCUCCUACCAAUGUUGCAGCCAUCAAUAUUUUAAUGCGAGAAACUGUACAAAAUUAUGUAAAAAAGGGUAUUGAAAAGCAGUCUUUUGGGUUUGAAAUAAAUGGACAAGAAAUAGUACCAUUAUAUGAUGCACCACAUUUACUAAAGGGUAUUCGCAAUAAUUUAGUUACAAAAGACUUGGCAUUUACGAUGAAUGGUACAAAAAGAAUAGCCAAAUGGAAGCAUAUUAUCGAUUUCUAUAAAAUUGAUAAAUACCGUCUUGAUGUGGGUGAAAGAAUGGUACCAAAACUGACGGAUUCUCAUAUUUACCCCGAAAAAAUGAGGAAAAUGAAGGUUUCGGUUGCAGCCCAGGUGUUCAGUCAGAGAGUUGGAAGUAUAAUGCUUUUACUCUCUGAAUGA